UGACCAGUCAAAUUCCAACAUCAUACAAACUUUCAAAGGGUUUGUAACUUUCAACAUGGCUAAAACAGAAAAUAAUUACAGUAAAGCAACAAAAAAUUAGCACAAAUUACUGCCUUACACAAUGAAAGGAAAUGUCAGUGGUAUAUUGUUGAAACUUAGUGUUUUAGAGGAUGUGAUUCAAUGAAUUUUAGAGCAUUUUGUUGUAAUUGGACAUUUAUAGUUUCAAGAAGGGACAUUCAAGUAAAACAUCUAGAUAGGAGUAUACUAUCAUUAGAAAAGUGUCAAAAUCAGAUUAAUUUAUAACAUACAUAGAAAAAUGUAUAAAAAUAAAGAAUAUGCAUGGAGUUAGAAUCAGCAAAAAUGAGAGAAUUGUUCAAAUACAGUUCUAAGAAAAUGUCUGUAUGGAAUAUUUAAUAUAUAAAUAUGAUCAGUUUUUGAAGCUUUGCAAAGGAUCACAAAAAUUGGAAGAACAAAUGGGACAAUGCUAUGGACUAACAAAAGAUUGAGUUUUCUGGAGCUGGGUAGUUCUUGUAUGGGCAUAAGAACAUGAGUGAUAGGAAAAGUAACUAAAAUAGUGAAACAAAAUGGCCAGACUGUAAUGGUGUAGGGGAUAUUGUUUUAUUGUAGACAUGAGAGAUAUUAUCAAAAGAGUUUGUAUUAUGAAGUAACAGUAACACAACAUCCUUAUUCAUCAUUCAAUAUCUGGUGGACAUUGAUAUGGCUCUGCAUUUGAAUUUAAGCAGGGUAAUUAACCAAGAUGUAUUGCCUGACUGAAUAAGUGAUACUUAGAAGAUGACAAAGGAGCUAGUUAUGUAAGAGCUAUCAAAUGCUUAUUGAAUGUAUAAUGAACUUCUGAGCCAAAAAUAUAUAUUAUAGUGCAUGGAUAAUUAAAAGCACCUGGUGACCAAUCAAGAAACCUUGAUAUUUUACUUGUUGUUUUUGGUCUUCCCACAUUUACUGCAGGUGAAGUGUCAGAACUUGUUCUUAUAGAAGUAUUGAUGUUAUAACCUACACGUAAUGAUGGCAACUUCUGACACCUUAGAAGAAGAGGAGGAAUCACUGGUAUUGGUAGAGCUUACUGGUAUUAUUGAUCUUGACUUGUAUAGUCUGAAAGACAAGAACUGUAAGAUUGUUGGACUAGAAAGUAGCAAGCCAGUUCUUCAGCUUGAUAACUACUACUUUGUUGGUGAAUAUGAAGAUAUUGUUGGAACAGCAGUGGUCUUUGAAGAGGUUAUACCUCAAACCAGUAGGAAAACUGAGAAAAAUCUCAGGUACUUAUGUAAAACAAAUAAAAAACUAGCUAUGAAAAGAGCAUUUCUUCAACAAAAACAAUCAGAAAAUGAACCAUCCAUGAAACCACCUCCAGAAGAAUCCCACGCCUCUGUGAAGUUUUCAGAAGAAACUUCUACAGUCAUGUUAACUUCUUUAGAAGAGGACACUUGUUUAGAAGACAAAGUUUCUAGUAUUAGAAUAUCAGAAGAGACCUCGACCACCGUUCUAGAAGUGACCCCUACUACCAUGGCUUCUUCUGAAAUUUGUACCACCAUGCUAUCUUCUGAAGAGGCUUCUGCUUCCAGCAAGACAGACCAAGUACAAGAAGUUACUGAUGCCACAAAAGAAACUGAUAUCAUAUAAAACAAUAUACAAUAAUAAUUUUAUAAUUAACCAGCUCAUUGUAACAAGAUAUAAAAUAAAUGUUAUUUUUUUGACACCUAGUACAGGUACUUAUAAAAGACAGGACACUUUAUAGUAAAAAAGGGGAGACAGUUUAGGUAAGUUAGUGUUAGUUAUAGCAAUUCUACUACAUAAAGUGUUGAAAUUGUAAUAAGAAGUAAAAUAUCUUAACUUGGAAAAAAUACCAGCACAUUACGAAGUUAUGAAGUUGUUGAGGUAAAUUUCGUU